ACGGGAAACUUCUACCCGGGACGGCCCAUCGGCGCUUUCUCCCUCACCUGUGGGUCCCGGGGGGGUUGCCUUCAAUCGACGGCUGAAAUUCUAACUUCUUCACCGACUUCGUCAUUUUAGUCGUUUCGAUUUCGUUCUUCGUCGUCAAACACGUUUCCGAUUGCAGAACCAUCUUCCGAUUUCCUCAUUUCUGUUGUGUUUACCAUACCGACGCUUUAUAUUACCUCCGGCGAAUUCAUUUUCUGCCGAGGUAUUAAUCGCUUAACGCUGAACUUUCCACGGGAGAUCUCCUCCGCAGGGCUUGAUGCGGUUUUCUCUGAGAUCUCAAACUAGGAGUGAUCUGGAAGAAAAAAUAAUAGUAGAAUAAGACAUUGAAAGAUUGGUUGAUGAGUUAGCCUUGAUCGAGCACAUUCCUAGUUAACCAGUUUCUUUAAACAGUUUUGCUUGAUGGGAUGGAGGAUGUUCUUCUACACUCUGUUUAUUCUCUUCAAUAUGGUUGAAUCCUCCAGUAGAUCAGGGAAGAUGUGGUUACUGAAUCUAAGCACCGAAGCAGCUCCUAACUUCAGCUGGACAAUUUUCAGUGCUGGUGUAUUCGUCAUUGUUGCACUUGUUCUUUCCACACUUCUCAUCAUUGAGCAUUUAGCUUCUUAUAAUCAGCCAGAGGAACAGAAGUUUCUGAUUGGUCUUAUACUGAUGGUUCCUGUUUACUCUCUAGAAUCGUUCCUGUCUUUGUUAAAUUCAAAUGGUGCAUUCAAUUGGGAAGUGAUACGGGACUGCUAUGAGGCUUUUGCAUUAUAUUGCUUUGAAAGAUACCUUAUUGCUUGCUUGGGUGGUGAGAAACGUACACUUGAAUUCAUGGAAAGUCAGACUGUUUUUGAUUCUGAUACACCUCUUUUGGCGGAAAAAUAUGCAUAUGGGGUUGUAGAACAUCCUUUUCCCUUAAAUUGCCUCGUAAGGGAUUGGUAUCUUGGUUCUGACUUCUAUCAUGCGGUUAAAAUUGGUAUCGUUCAAUAUAUGAUAUUGAAGAUGAUAUGUGCUCUCCUAGCUAUGAUUCUUGAAAGUUUCGGGGUCUAUGGAGAAGGAAAGUUUAACUGGAGAUAUGGCUAUCCCUAUUUGGCGGUUGUACUUAAUUUUAGUCAAUCGUGGGCCCUGUAUUGUCUUCUCCAAUUCUAUUCUGUCACAAAGGACAAAUUGGAAUCAAUUAAACCAUUGGCGAAGUUUCUUGUGUUCAAGUCGAUCGUUUUCCUCACUUGGUGGCAAGGUGUUGCCGUUGCCUUUCUUUUCUCAGUAGGAGCUUUUAAAGGGUCCUUGGCUCGCGAGCUAAAGACGCGCAUACAAGAUUACCUCAUAUGCAUUGAGAUGGGUAUUGCUGCCGUCGCACAUGUUUACACCUUUCCAGCAGUACCUUAUAAACGUGGAGAAAGAUGUGUUCGUAAUGUUGAGGUGCUAACCGACUACGCAUCCUUAGGAACGCCACCUGAUCCAGAGGAGGUUAGAGACUCCGAACGAAUAACCAAAAUACGCUUGGGUCGCCAUGACGAGAGAGAGAAGCGUUUGAGUUUUCCCCAGAGUGUUCGAGAUGUUGUAAUUGGAAGCGGCGAAAUUAUUGUCGAUGACAUGAAGUAUACAGUCACACACGUCGUAGAACCAGUCGAAAGGGGUAUUUCAAAACUUAACAAAACGAUCAAUCGGUUCUCUGAAAAUGUUAAACGGCAUCAAGAACAGCGGAAGAGUGCGAAGGACGAUAGUUAUCUGAUUCCUUUGAAGUCCUGGUCGAGAGAAUUUUCUGAAGUUGAAGAAAAUGUUACUCAAGGCAGCUUCAGUGACAGUGGAAUAUCCAAUGGUAAGAGACAAAGAAUUGGCAGAUAAGAUGGCAUUGGUGUAUUAAGUAAGUAAUGUAAAUCAUGGGAACCCAUAUGUUGGCAUGAUUAUUAACCAUGCUGAUGUUCUUAGUUUAGAAAAAGGAAUCGACGGCGGGGACGUUAGCUUGCUAAACUUACCGGCCCUUGCCCCCUGUCGAGCUAACCCUUAACCCAAACUCAAUCAAAUUAGCUUCAGACACGUGAGGAAACAAGAAAAAGGAAUCGACGGCGGUGUUCUGUGGGAAAGAUGUGGUGACUUUUUAGCCAUCGAUCUAAGUAAGCUCUUCUCUUUCCUCGUGGCCAUUGUUUGGCUCCAAAAUUUGCUUUCAUGCAAUGUUGCUCUCUCUCUCUCUCUCUCUCUCUGGUUCUCAGGUUGAUAUUUUGAUUUAUUUUCUGGCAUUUCUGGAUUGUAUCAAACAUAAUUGACACCAAAGUACAGUGAUAUUUAUGCAUUUUGGCUGAAAAUAGUAAAUUGAGGUGUAUCCAUGAA